GAUUUAUGAUAUUCGGCAAUCAGCAGGUGAAAGUGAAUCAAAUUAAAACUAUUCGUUUCAACUGCCGGUUAUAAAAAAUAUUCUUUUCUUUUUUUACAUUCUGCUAUAAGGAUGUGUGAAGUAACCGUUUUGCAGGAUGGUUAUUCAUAUCAAAAUAGCAGUAGUGAAAUGAUUGCAAAUUGCACGUGUUCCUUAAUAACAGGUGUUCAUAACAUAAUUGUCGAUACAAUGACACCAUGGGAUUCAGAAAAAAUUCUUCAGUCAUUAGAGAAACACAAUUUAACUUGUGAAAAAAUAAAUUAUGUAAUUUCAACUCAUGGACAUUCCGAUCACACUGGUAAUAACAAUCUAUUUCUUAAGGCAACCCACAUAGUUGGAUGGAGCAUUUCUUUCAAAGACAAAUAUUACAUACACCCAUUUGAGAAAGGGAAUGAAUUCAUUGUAAAUGAAUUUGUGAAAGUUGUUCCUACUCCUGGUCAUACAAUGUCUGAUGUUACAGUCCUAGUAAAGUCUAAGGAUGAGAUUGUAGCUAUAGUUGGUGAUUUAUUUGAGAAACAUGAAGACAUUAUGAACCAGAAUAUUUGGAUGAGUGUUGGCUCUGAAGAUCCUAUACAACAGGCUAAAAAUAGAGCCAAGAUAGCUGAUGCAGCAGAUUGGAUUAUUCCAGGUCAUGGGCCUAUGUUUAAAGUGACAAAUGAAAUAAGGACAGUAUUAAGAAAUCAAUCUUCUUAGAUGAGUACAAUCUGAUCUCUUUAUAUCUUGAUCUGUAUAAGUGAUGUGGAAUUCUUUACUUCCAACAUAAUAUAAAUAAAUAAAACUUUAUCAUUCAAACCUUA